AUGGCCUACGUCCCUGCACCUGGCUACCAGCCCAUCUACAACCCGCCCCUCCCUCAUGCCGCCCCCAUCGCCGGGGGGCUGCGGCCCGGGAUGUCCAUCUAUGUCCAGGGCAUGGUGCCCCAUCACACCAAGAGGUUCCGUGUGAAUUUCUCCUGUGGCCCAGAGAAGGGGGCCGACAUCGCCCUGCACUUCAACCCCCGUUUCGACAGCGGGGACAAGAUCGUCCUCAACAGCUUCCAGCAGGGCAAGUGGGCCAAGGAGGAGCACAAGCGUGACAUGCCCUUCCACAAGGGGCACCACUUCGAGAUGGUCUUCAACAUCACCCCCGAGGGCUACCGGAUCACGGUGAACGGGGCCCCCUGCUACGAGUUCCGGCACCGCAUCCCGCCCGAGCGCGUGCAGGUCGUCGACGUGGACGGGGACCUCGAGCUGCAGUCGCUCAACGUCAUCGGAGGGGGCAUGAUGGGGGGCGGGGGGAUGUAUUACCCGCAGCCCGGGAUGCUUGGCAUGCAGCCGAAUAUGCCACCCACAAGCCUGCCGAUGAUGGCUGGCCCCGCUUCCUUUCACCCGCAAGUCCCCUAUGUGGCUAACUUCCCAGGCGGGCUGACGUCCAAGAAGACAGUGGUGGUGAAAGGAUUAGUCCCGCAGGGCGCUAAGAGCUUCUGCAUCAACUUCAAGAUGGGCUACUCCAAGGAUAUCGCCCUGCACAUUAACCCUCGCCUGAACGAGAAGAGCGUGAUCAGGAACAGCCUCCUGAACGGGAAGUGGGGCUCGGAGGAGCGGGAGCUGCCUCACAACCCCUUCCAGCCUGGCCAGUACUUCGAGCUCUCCAUCCGCUGCGGGAACGGACGUUUCAAGGUCUUUGCCAACGGGCAGCCGCUCUUCGACUACAACCACCGUUUCCGCGAGUUCCAGCGGAUCGACACGCUGGAGAUCAACGGCGAUGUGGUCCUGUCCUACGUCCAGUUCUGA